AUGGCUGAACGAACAGUCCCUCAUGCCUACCCUAUGAGUAUGGAUUAUGAGAUGUGCACACCUAGUAGAAUCUAUGAUCAGAACUUUGGUGAAGCCCUCAGCCCUCAAGAUCUCCUGGCACCGACCCUGUACCAUGGUUAUUUCAUCCGGCCCCGAAUCAACAAGCAGCUGGAGCGGGGCUUUUCACAGGUAGACAGCGAGGAUGACUGGUAUCGCGUCCAGCUGGACGUGUGCCAGUUCACACCCGACGAGCUAAGCGUGCGGACAGUGGACAACCUCCUGGAGGUGACCGGGCGGCACGCUCAACGACUGGACCAGCAUGGCUUUGUCAGUCGGGAGUUCACGCGCACGUACAUACUGCCUAUGGGAGUGGAUCCAUUACUGGUUCAGGUCUCGCUCUCGCACGAUGGCAUUCUCUGCAUCCAAGCUCCUCGCAAAAUCGGAGAGCUGGAGCCCAAAGUUAAUCAGCUGAAGAUCAAAGUGGACAAGAAGGGACCUAAGAGUUCCUAA